UCUCAAUUUUGCGCUAGGUUUUGUCUCUCUUUUCUGUAUAUUGUCACGACUCUCGAAGUGGACUAUACUGUACAUAUCGCUCCUCCCACGGCUUGUCUCUUAUCGCGUGUCCUGAAUCCUCCGUUCACUGUUCCGACUGCGAUCCUUUCGUCCCCGCUUUUUGUCCCUCUCCGCCGAUUAUUUACCGACCGGGCAACCUCGGUCGAAACGGAGUGAAGAAGCGCUUUCCACCGGUUUUGCACUGCUUACAUGCGUUUGACGAUCGCUACAAAGCGCCUUUGAGAUUUUCUUUCUUUCCAUUCUUCUUUCUGCUUACGGUUUCUGCACCCAUGAGCGGCUCGUCGGCGAAAGUCUGCGCGGACUACUUGCCCAGCGCAUUGCGGGCCCGGGGCUCUGUCCUGCGUCGUGCCGCACCUGCUCCGCGGGAAGGAGGAGGAGUCCGUCGAGCAUGUUCUCGCGACACUCGUCGGGGCUUGCAUCAUGAUUCCCGGGCUGUGCGUCUGUCGACGCACGUGCGGGUUUGUGGCGGUUCUGGCCCUGUUGACCUGAGACGGGUUCAGGGUCAGUAUGCGCGGAGAUUCGCGACGGCAGUUCAGGAGAAGGGCGAAACCUCUUCUUCUGGCUCCCCGGGUGCAGCUGGGCUGCGCGGGGGUCCGUUAGCCGAGUAUGAUGUGAGAGUGCAGGAGGGUCGCCUGCGGGAUGAUCCUUAUCAGCGACAAAUCAUCGAGAAGCUCCAAGAUCUCUACGAGCGCCUGACCUCCUACCACCCGCCCGCGGUGGUGCACCCGAGCCCGGAAUCCCUCGACCCCAAACCCAAGUCGUCCUCGUUCUUCGGCUCGCUCUUCGGGCGCAACAACGACAGCGCGAAGUCGGAGCUGACGAUUCCCGAGUCCCUGCCCAAGGGCCUGUAUAUGUACGGCGAUGUCGGGUGCGGCAAGACGAUGCUGAUGGACCUGUUCUUCGAGACCCUGCCGGACAACAUACGGGCGAAAAACCGCAUCCACUUCCACAACUUCAUGCAGGACGUGCACAAGCGCAUGCACGUGGUCAAGAUGAAGUAUGGCCAUGAUUUCGACGGGCUCCCGAUCGUGGCGGCGGACAUUGCGGCGCGGUCGAGCGUGUUGUGCUUCGAUGAGUUCCAGUGUACUGAUGUGGCGGACGCGAUGAUUUUGCGGAGACUCCUCGAACACCUCAUGGCCCACGGCGUCGUGCUUGUCACCACCUCCAACCGCCACCCGGACGACCUCUACAAGAACGGCAUCCAGCGCGACUCCUUCAUCCCCUGCAUCAACCUCCUCAAGACUGCCCUGCAAGUGAUCAACCUCAACUCGCCGACGGACUACCGCAAGAUCCCGCGCCCGCCGGCGGCCGUCUACCACCACCCGCUCGGCCCGGCGGCCGACGCCCACGCGCAGAAGUGGUUCGAGUACCUGGGCGACUUCACGCACGACCCGCCGCACCCGACCACGCAGGAGGUCUGGGGCCGCAAGAUCGCGGUGCCGCUGGCCAGCGGCAAGGCGGCGCGCUUCUCCUUCCAGCAGCUGAUCGGGACCGCCACGGGCGCGGCGGACUACCUGGAGCUGGUCCGCAACUACGAGGCGUUCAUCAUCACGGACGUGCCGGGCAUGAAUCUGAACCAGCGGGAUCUGGCGCGACGGUUCAUCACGUUCAUCGAUGCGGUGUAUGAGAGUCGGGCUAAACUCGUCCUCACAACCGCCACCCCGCUCACCAACCUCUUCCUCUCCGAGUCCGACGUCCGCACCACCCUCUCCGACCGAUCCGGCGACGACCACUCCGACCUCUCGGACGCGAUGCGCAUGAUGAUGGACGAUUUGGGCCUGUCCAUGCAGGCCCUCAAGACCACCUCCAUCUUCUCGGGCGAUGAGGAGCGCUUCGCCUUUGCGCGCGCCCUGAGCCGUCUCGCGGAGAUGGAGAGUAAGCAGUGGGUGGAGCGGGGGUUGGCCUCUCCGGCUGGCGGAGUCAAGGAUGGUGGUGGUGGUAGUGCUGAUGCCAAGGAGAAGGCGAAGGAGAGGGAGGAGUUUUUGAAGGGGAGGGGCCAUUGGGCGGAGGAUAAUAUGUAAAUCCUCUUGCUCUUGAGGUAUGAAGAUGAGGGUGAGGGUGAGGGUGAGUGGAUGGUCUAGAGUCUUAGAUGUCUAGAGCUGGAUUGCGCGGGUAUUACGGCUAUCGCGGAUGGUAGAUAUGGGUGUGGUGGUAGGACAUGAUAGAUGGGAUAAGAUGGGAUAAGAUGGGAUAAGAUGGGAUGGGAUAUCCCGGGUACGCGAGGGUAGAAUUGGUCAACAGCUCAGUCAGGGUCUGCUUGCAUGAUGAGUGAUGGUUCUUAGCUGGUGCUUCUGUGUACUGUACAGAAUAGAAUAGAG